GUCCGUACCUUGCAAGGUUUUCUAUUUUUUGUGGUGCGUGUGGCUCAAAACAAAAAGCGAGCCAGACCGAAAAGUCAAGAAACGCUGAGGGUCGAGGGAGCAGACGCCCUCACAGGCCACUUAGAGAAAAACUAAGACUCCCAUGAGGCAGUGGGGCCCCGGGACCCACGACUCCCAGCUUCCUCUGCGAGACUCAAGAUAGUCUAGGCGGUAGGCGCCUCGCGUCGGGGAGAAACGUACACUAAAGCCGUGGAGAGGUGGCCCUGCGGGAUGGCAGCGGCUGAGGAGGAGCCUGAGCCCCUGACAGAGCAGCUAGAUGUCGCGCGCGGCCUGGAGAAUCUGCCUGUGAGCGCGUGGCCCCCAGAGGCGGGGCUGGUGUCCUUCCAGUAUACUCCUGACCAUGUAGCCGGACCUGGAGCAGACAUUGAUCCCACUCAAAUAACCUUUCCCGGAUGCACUUGUCUCAAAACCCCCUGCCUCCCUGGUACUUGUUCCUGCCUCCGUCGUGAGAAGAACUAUGAUGAUGAUUUAUGCCUCCGAGAUGCAGGAUCGGAAGCAAAGUAUGCUGAGCCCGUUUUCGAAUGCAAUGUCCUGUGUCAGUGCAGUGACCGCUGCAGGAACAGAGUGGUCCAGCGGGGUCUGCAGUUCCACCUCCAGGUGUUCAAGACAGAUCAGAAAGGCUGGGGACUUCGCACCUUGGACUUUAUACCAAAAGGACGGUUUGUCUGUGAAUAUGCUGGCGAGGUUUUAGGGUUCUCUGAAGUACAGAGAAGAGUUCAGUUACAAACAAUACAUGAUUCGAAUUACAUCAUAGCCAUCAGGGAACAUGUCUGUAAUGGGCAGGUAAUGGAAACAUUUAUUGAUCCUACCUCUAUAGGAAAUAUUGGAAGAUUCCUUAACCACUCUUGUGAGCCAAAUCUGUUGAUGAUUCCUGUCCGAAUUGACUCGAUGGUACCAAAGUUGGCACUUUUUGCAGCCAGAGACAUUCUGCCAGAAGAAGAACUCUCUUAUGACUAUUCAGGAAGAUUUCUUAAUCUAGUGGAUUGUGAAGACAAAGAAAGGCUAGAAGACAGGAAAUUAAGGAAACCUUGUUAUUGCAGUGCCAAAUCAUGUGCUGCGUUCCUGCCUUAUGACAGUUCACUGUAUCGCCCCUUAGAAAAGCCAGAUGUGAGUGAGGAAGGAAGUGUAUAGGAGAAACACGUCUGACCUCUCAGUGGAAGAGAAUGAGAAGGGAUGGAGCGUGUUGGACUCAGCCCUCUUUGGGUUCCCCUCUUCCAAGCAGCUUACCCUCGAGGUGAGCCUCUGCUCUGGGGUAAGCAGCUUGCCCCUCGCUAGAGGGGACGCCAGUGGUGGUCUAGCUUCUGCUGCUGCCUGGCUGUGUAAGUUUAACUCAGGAAUGUGGCAGAGACGGCAGGUCGUCCAGCAGUCACUCUCACUCCCCUUCUAUCAGAGAAUUCUCAGGUUUUAGCUGGCUACAUGGCAGCCCAGAAUACUCACUUUUCCUACUUAGAUGUGGCUAAGUGACUGUGUUGUAGCUCGUGGGACAUAAUGAAAAAUGAUGUGUCCUUAAAUGGAGAUAUCCUUCCCUUACCCCCUCUUUUUUCCUCUUGGCUGGAAUGUACGCAUGAUAACUAGAGCUGGUCCAUACUAGACCCCAGAACGACCUUGGAAAAGGAAACCAUGCACAGCAAAUGCAAAAAAUGGAAAGGAGUCUGGGGCUGUAUAUGUGGACUACUCUAGCAGCUCUGAUCUGACAUGUCUGGACUUUGAGGUGAGAAAUAGUCCCUUCCUCACUUAUGCCACUGUUAUUUUGAAUUUUCUAGUACUAGCAUCAAACCUCAUCAAUGAUCCAAGGAAAGCCUUGUGUCUAUAUACCUAAGUCUUGCUUUCCAAUCAGCUUUAUCAGGAAUAAAGCUUAUAUUUUCAUUUCUGUCUGACUCCUGCGUUUUAUUUCUCACUUGUUUCUAAACACGAAUCAAGGAAAAGGGCAUGAUUAAUUAUCACCUGGUAAAACCCUAAUAAUUACCACCAAUAGUGAAAAAUUUAACCAUGAGAAUGACUUCCAUGUAUAUAACCAAAAAUCAUAAAAAGAAACAAACUAUAAAAUUUUUGCUGUAUAUUUGGCUGUACUCUAAGGCUUGUGAGGUUAUGCUUCAAAGAGCCUCACUUCUUUUAUUAACAACAUGAAAAUAACCCUAUGAGCAUUACCAAAGGGGGUGGGAGCUUUGUAAUUCUAUUUAAACUUCUGGAGAGGCAAAGACCUCUAACUUCCCUCCUCAAAGCAAGGAUGUUGCAAAAACAAACUUAUUGUGGAAGUUUAUUAGACUUUUUCAAAGCUAAAGUAAUUACUUUAGGCCCUAUUAUUUCUUAGGCCCUAUAGUUUCUUUUCUAGUACAUUUAAACUCUACCACCAGGAGAUUCUGCACUUUAAAAGUAUAGGGACCCAAGUGGGGAGGGUACAGCUCAGUGGUUGAAUGCAUGCCUAGAAUGCAUAAGGUUCUGGGUUCAAUUCCCAGUACCUACAUUACAAAAAUAAAUAAAUAUAAACCUAAUUACCUCCCCCCAUUAAAAAAAAACUAAAAAAAAA